AUGGUUUCUUGGGAAUGGGAUCCCAACUACGUGCCGCCCGUCAAGCUGGGCCUGCACUCCGCACAGAUCGUCGUCUCCUUCGUACUAUGGUGUAUGGAGCUGGCAGUCUUUGCCGAUUCCAAAUCCAAGAUUACCGGCCGCAAUGGCUGGACCUUUGGUGUUUGCUUUCUCUCGAUACCAGCCUGGAUAUAUUUAGUCUGCACGCCUAGAUUUGCCCGCACCCGCCGCUUCGCGCAGGCUCACGCCAUGUUGGCCGUCGACGUGGUCUUCACCAUCAUCUGGAUCUCGGCAUUUGCCACUCAGGCCGCCUACAAUUCCGAGGGCAAGUGUGGCAAUGCCUGCAAGGUCAGCAAGGGUAUAGUCGGCCUGGGAGUUGUCAACUUCCUCCUGUUUACCCUAACGACCCUUGUUAGCGGUUACACCCUGCAAUACUACAAGUUCCACGGCAACCUUCCCGGCUACGACAACCGCAAGAUGCGCGCCGGUGAGGGAGGCAGCGACAGCAUCGACCCUGACAAGGCCGCCUUCUCCAUGGCCCCCCAUGACGACGAGGCAUACGAGCGCAUCAACCACGAGGACAACGACACCUUCCUCAGCGGCCAGACGGGUGACAGCUACGGGAACGCCAACCCAUACAGCGCCGACGACUAUGACGCCACCAGCCGCUUCGGAAGCAGCUCAACCGCCCCUGCGGCCCGUCCCAACCAUCUCUUCGAUGCCGACACCGAAUACAACUCUGCCAUUGGCGGUAACUCGUCAGUUAGCGGAUACAGCGGUCGCUAUGAUGAUCCCGCACAGUUCCCAGCCGCCAAUUACGACCGCAUUGACCGGUAG